AUGAUGCGCCCACGGCCUGCGUCUUCCCUGCAGAAGACGUACGACGAGUGCUAUCUCGCGUGCUCCACUGCAGUGUACUUUGAGGGGCAGAACAACGAGGAGGAAGCAUUGAGGUCCUGGAGAUCUGCCCUUGAGACUAUCUACCACCACAAUGCCCGUCGUGUACCUUCGAACUAUACCCCGAAAUCCGAAACCGAAAGAGCCCUGCAGGAUUCCAUCCGGGCGCUAGAGAUUCAAUGCCGAGAACGGGUCGAUCUACUAGGCGCUCUCCAAGAAAGCAGGAAAGAAUCCGCAGAGGCAAAUGGCAGUAAACAGGCCGCUACCCUUGUCAAGGGCAAGUCUACCCCCAGCAUACCGCCAUCAUCUUCCAACACCCCGGGCUGGAUCGGAGAUGGAACAAUCCCUGCAGUGGGAUACACCGACCUUUCCAAACCAGCCGCCAUACCCAACCGCCCUGCGCUGCCGACAAAACAAAGUCAUGAGUCGCCGCCAGUUUACGACGAUGCUGGCACAGCCGCCCUGUCAGCGGCUGGUUCGCCUGCAUUGCGUGUGGACUCAAAUUCUUCGGGCAAAACGAAGUCGCGUGGUUCCAGUCCCGAGCGCCGGAAACCAAUGUUGACAACUCUGCGCAGCAGCGAUGGCAAAAAGAAUGGCAAGAAAGUCAAGGUUGCAUCAAAGAAGAAGGAAUCGAGACCUGCUGCCUCUACGGCUGCGGGUCUAGCAUGGGGUAGCAUCUAUCGCUCUGCAUCGGAUGAGAAGCCUGUGAGCGAGGCGGCUCUCGCAUCAUCUCGGCAAAGCGCCGCCCACGGCCCCAGUUUCCGUCGAGAUCCAGAACCAAGAUCUAGUUCUGGGGAUGAGCCUCCGCGGCCGAGAAUUCGCUCUUCCCAAGACCAGCUAUCCGGAGACCGUAUUCCCUGCUGCCCAUUGGCGAGAGCCUCCUCGUUCAUCUCCAAAAAGGUCCUCUCCCAGACCGUCUACUCAGUCGCCCAGUCAGCUGCCGCCGCGGGUGCCUCGACCUCCCCCUGA